GGUUCCUCAUUCUUCAAGCUACGAAUUAAGGUGAAAAAGCAAUCUUCUGGGUAGCGCUGGCCGCCAUGGCAUCCAAAUUCGCCUCCUUGGGUUUUCUUGUGUUGUCCAUGGCCAUAAUUAGUUCGGCCAUGGCGAAGGAGUAUUCAUUCGCCAGCAACCUGGACCCCAAAGUGCUGAGGCUGAAGGAAGAGAAGCUGACCCAUUUCCAUAUGUACUGGCACGACGUCGUGGGCGGGACCAAGCCCACCAGCGUCGCAGUGUUGCCAGGGCUAAGCAACAGCACGUUGUUCGGGCUCGUCAACAUGUUCGACAACCCGUUAACCGUCGGCCCUGACCCCAAAUCCCAGCUCGUGGGGAAGUCACAAGGCCUGUACGCCUCCGCUGCACAGCAGGAAAUCGGGCUUUUGAUGGCCAUGAACUUCGCCUUCACUUACGGUAAAUACAACGGCAGCUCCAUCACCAUCCUCGGUCGGAAUCCCAUUCUCAACACCGUACGAGAAAUGCCGGUGGUCGGAGGAUCCGGCCGCUUCCGUUUCGCCAGAGGCUAUGCUGAGGCCAGAACUCACUUUUUCAACGCCACCUCAUUGGAUGCCAUUGUUGAAUAUAAUAUUUAUGUGUUGCAUUAUUGAUCCAUAUGUCAACUUCCCAUGUAAUUGCUUUAUUUUUCUUUUCCAUCUCAAUAAGGUUACUGCGUGAUUGUCGUUAUAUGAUUAUUUUUAUUUUUCUUAAUUGAGGCUUUAAUAUUUGAAGCCCUUACAUGAUGCGUCAUGUCGGCUAAGCUUAUUCAUAUUUUAUUCUAGUGUCAAUAAAUCUGAACUAGCUUUUUCGUGUCUAAGUUGUGGAUAUACUUUGGCAUGAGAGGGGUAAGCUUUUUGCAUGUCUAAGUAAGUUGUGGAAUAAAGCUACGUAGCAAAAGAUGAAGACCGACCACACUUCUUUUUUGGGCUUCUUUUUUUCAUUUAUAUGCUCAAAUAUAUUCUGGUCUGUCUAUAAAUAAAAAUGGGAGCAGGCAAUGAAGGACACAAAACACGCCAGUAACAUGUAAUAUGGCGAGAUACUACUACUACCACCGGUACCCUUACUUGGAGUACUUGACGUUGCCUCCUCUGCAGCUGUGCGUGUUCGGUGGGAUCCUGGUGCUGGUGAUGGCCUUCUCAUGGUAUAUUUUCUACGACUCCUUUCUUGAGGACAUCAUCUUCCAACUCAAGCUCUUCCUUCUCACCGUGCCCUUGCUUUUGCUGCUGCUCCUCCACCUGCUCUCCCUCGGCCUCCCUUUUCUCGUCCCCUUGCCGGAGCAGAAUUCCCUCCACCGCGCCGGCGGCUCACCCUGGGGCGUCGCCAUUCUCCUCGUCUUCCUUCUCUACAUCAUCUCUCACCAGUCCCAUUACCACCGUCGCUGGUUCCCUUUCGGAUAUAGAUAAAACCACAGCAUCCAUCCAUCUUUAAAAUUGCUUAUUAUCAUCAUGUACCCAUUAACAUAUUUUGUAUUUCAUUUUCUUCCGCUCAUCUUUUGCUAUAUGUAUCAGUUAUGUUAUUAGAAUUAUUAUGCUAGAGCAAACAAACCUAAAAAUUCAGAUC